UUCAAAUGUAAGUUCUUAUUUGUUAAGAUUAUAUCUACAGGAUUUUCCAAAUCUAGAUCUAGAGUCUAUAUCUAGAUCUAUAGAUAGGAUAAGUAAAAACACCUCAAAAUUAUCUGAUGUACUUGACGCCUUCAAUUUUAAUAGACCAGAGCUAAUGAUUCGAUUAUUAGGAACCCCAGAUCAGGACAAAUCUUCAUUAUAUGGUAACAGAGAACUUCCGGACCUCGAAUAUUGUGUUUCCUAUACUGGUAAAGGUGGUAUAAUCAUUUUACCUCAACCUUUGAGGAGAAGACUAGUCCAGUUAGUAGAUGAUAUUGGUGCCUGGAUUGUAAGUGACUAUGAAGGUACAGAUAUAAUUGAAAGCACGAAUCAGCCAUAUGUCUUACCAAAGCAGUUGAAACCUAAGUUCUACUCUGACAAUGCCUUGUGGCCACCAUCUUUCACUUACAGUUCAGUGCGCCUUGCAUACACACGUAGAUCAAAAAAUAGAGUACAACAAAGUACAGUAGGUAAUGAUGACUCUUUUUUUGAGAGUGUAAUUGUUUCAAAUGGAGAUAUCAGGACUGUAAGAGAAUUAUUAGAACUUGUACGGCAAGACAAGUCAAGUCAGCCGAGAAGAUUUAAUGUCAUACUUUUAAAGGGAAGUGGUGGCUUGGCAGACAUAUUAGCCAGUGCUCAGGAUGAGAAAUGGAGCUGUAAUGAUGUAAACAAUGAAUUAAAGAAAUUAGAAGAAUCAGAGGAAGAAAGCUUUGAAGAUAGUGAUGAUGAAAACUUCAACUCAAGGGAGCAGGUGAAACAACACUCUAAUGCUGGUUCUGUCAUUAAAAAUGUGAUUUUGUCUGAGCAAGAUUAUAAGACUUUGUGUGCCAUUACAUCUGUUUUUGAGCCAGACUUGACCCUAGCUGACUAUGGACUGGGAAGAACAAUUUUAUUGUCUAUAUUAAAAGUUUACCCAGAGAAAAAAUGGAAACUGUUAAAACUGUGUGUUCAACUGGGAUGCUUUGAUGUGGCUAAGAAAUAUGUUUUGCAAGAUAAGACGUCAAGAAAUCUAAGUCUUCCUGUAGUUCAGUCUGCUUUCAUACUCAAUAGGAUCAACUUUAUUGAAUAUUUCAUUAGAAUAGGAACAUUUGAAGUCAUGCAGGAAGAUGAAAGCGUCAUGUCCAGUAUUGUUACAGACUCGAGAGCAAUGAGUUUCAGUGACAACACUCUGUGGAAAGCUAAAGAUUGGUAUAAAACUGAUUUCUUUGGUGUGUAUGACCAUCUGUUUAGACAGUGUUUAAUGAGUAAUAAAAUAGAGCUUUCUAAACUAUUUUGGCUGAGAACAAAAAAUCCACUUGGUACUUUAUUAUUGGCUGCUGCUUUUUUGAAGAGAAAGGCCAAGGUAGAAAAAAACCAUAUUGUCAAAAGUGGCUACAAGGAAGCAGUUCAGCAGUAUCAAAACCUGGCAGCCACAUUCGUAGAUGCUUGUUAUGACAGAGACCAGGAGAUGACUUUAAAAAUGAUCACCAGAAAAAUGAAACAGUUUAAAGAUCAGUCUUGUAUAGACAUGGCCUUGUCCUCGGAGAAUAUGGACUUUUUGGUACAGCCUGCAUGUGUAACACUUCAAAGACGAGUCUGGCGAUGGGGGAAUCUCUGGGACUUCCACACAGAAAAUCCAGAACCUGAGAAGCUUCUUUGGAGGAAACAAAGUAAAAGUGCAAGUAAAACUGAUGAUACAACAUUGCCAAAUAAAGUGAAUAGUACUGUGAUUGAUGAGCCAGAAAAAGAAAUUAAAAAGAAAUAUGAACAAGAAAGCAUCAGAACAGCUCUAAAGUGCUACUACCUUCUACUGUGUGUUCCUAUGACGAUGUUUGCAUUAAAUGGAAUAGGACUUCUCAUUUUUAUUUACUUUUUUGGCUUGACAUUACUUGGAAGAUUUGAGCAGCACAAAUUUCAUUGGCUAGAUGCUUAUCUUGUGUCUUUUGUUACUGUGAUUAUUGCUGAAGAAAUUUAUGAGUUUGUCCUGGCAGUUAAAGAAAAGAAAAAGUUGGCCUAUAUAGUUAGUGGAUGGAAUAUUGUGGAUCUAAGUUCCGUCACAUUGUUUGUCAUUGGAACUGGACUACGUCUGGGGGCUUUUUACAGCUCAGACAUCACCUUAUAUAACCUGGCAAGCAUUGCAUACAGCCUUGACUUUAUUAUGUUCACACUCAGACUGUUACACAACUGCUACAGUAAUCCUGUCUUGGGACCUACCUGUGCAAUGAUUAUCAAGACAGUUGGUAUUCUGACCAGAUUUCUGUACAUCCUGGCUAUUUUUUGGGCCAGUUAUGCUAUUGCCAGUGAAGCUGUACUCUACCCCAACAGUGUUCUCAGCUACCUCACAUUUUUUCAGUUGUUUCGCAAGGCUUAUUGGCAGAUGUUUGGUGAAUUGUUCCUUAAUGAAAUAGAUGCAGGAAGACCUGAAGAUACUAACUCAAUGCAAUGCACAAAUGACGCAUCUUUGUAUGGUACUUAUGAACUACUCCGAUGCCCCACAUCCUUGGGACGAUACUAUGUCCCGAUCCUGCUGGGUGCUUAUGUCAUGUUUACAAAUGUUUUGUUGACAAGUCUUAUCACAGCCUCAUUUACAAAGUCCAUCGAAAAAAUCCAACAGAAAGCUACAAAGCUGUGGAGGUUUCAAUUUUUUCUACUGACUCGAGAUUUCUCAAGAGUUCUUUUUUUACCUUUACCCUUCACUUUGAUCUCCGUCUUGGCUUAUGUUACUAAUGAUGAUCCCAGAGAUGUGGAUGGAUUUUCUGUGACAGAUACUAAAAGCUCACAUUUGGACAAGAUCUCCUCCUGCAUUAAGCAUCAUAAAAACAUUUUGAUGGAAGUGAUGGGUCUAAAUUUGAAAGAAACAGACAGUGUCACUGAUGAAAUUAAAUAUAUAUUGCAGUAUUAUUUUAAGCACUUUAAUCUCUUUGUCAUUAAAAGACAUAAAACUCCAACAUUUCAUGAUGAAAUUGGAGACAUUUUGAUGUCAAUAAAGGAUAUUGUCAAUGAAGUAAAAAAGAAAGAGAUUCGAACUGCUCUAAUACAUAAUAUAAUUACAUAUUCAUCAGAAGUAUGUCAACCAGAAAUAUUAAUUAGAAUUAAAAAGUUGGAUGAAAUUCAAGAAAUAUUUUUAAAUCUAUUUAAAACACAGCAGACUGGAAGGAUAAAAAAAAAGAAACUUACAAAAGAAACAGAACAAAUGUUUCAUAAUGUACAGUUUGAGCUUUACAAGAAACGUUGUGAUUGCAGAAUUCUUACCAGCUCUACACAAAACAUUCUGCAAGGUGUGAAAAGUUUAAUUGAAUCACUGGAACCUGGCAAACUAACUCUUGUUUCUGAAGUUUAUGAAGUAAAGAAAUCUUUUGCUGACUUUGAAACAUUUCUAAAGGAAGAAACUUUAGUUCAUGAGAUGGAAACAUUGGUAUUGGAUUUGAUUACUGUUAUAAAAAAAGAAAGUGUGUCUAUAGAUAAUCUAUGUAGGAAGGCAAAGGAGCUAGAGAAACUAGUCAAAGAAGGAAGUUGGUUUGAACCCAAAGAAAUAAAAAGAGGUAAAAUUGAGCCUGUAAGCUUGAAAGGAAGAACAUUCUCAGAAACUAAUUUGCUUGAUAAAAAGCUGAAAGCUUUGCGUGGAAUCAAACGUAGAUUAAAUGAUAUUGUCAGUUUUCAGCCUGGUUUUCAAUUUGAUUAUCUUAGUGUUGGCAAGAGUGCACAAAUGAAUGAUGAAUGGAAGGACAAAGUCCAAGGCCUUAGGAUUGCCUUGAAAGACUAUCAACAUGUCUACAUAGAUGAGGAUACCUUACAGAUGCUCCAUGAGCUAGAGUACAUUGUGCUUGAAGAGAACAUCAAAGCCAGCAACACAGACAACACUGUCAUCAUAAGAGACUUGGAACAGUUUGUCAUACAAAGCUGCAUUGAACCAAGCAUGCAGGCAGAAUGGAAAGAGAAAGAAACUCCGGAAAGGAGUGAAGCUUACAAAGAAGAUUCAAAAGAUGUAGUUGAUGUUUCUAACGAAAGCGAUGACAGAACUAACGAUAAAAACAAGGAUAUAAGGAAACUUAGUGAGAACCAAAUCAGUGAUGGUCAAGUCAGUGUUGAAACUGAGGACUUGCUGGGUGAAGAAAUCAGAUUUUAUUGGAUUCCUAUGUACAAAGUAUCUAAAGCCCAAGAUGCAGAUAAAUUACCACAUUCAGCACCUACAGAAAGGGAGCUGAAGCAUAUCAAGUUUAAUUACAAAGACAAGAAGCACAACAUUGACAGGAGGAGCUACCUUGGAAGGUAUGACCUGGAUGAGUACAAGCAACCCAUAAAUCCACUAUGGUCAGACAUUCAACCAGAAAACAUAGAACAUGAUGAGCCCUUAGAGCUGCUUUAUUGGGGCCCUAACCACUUUGGAGUUCCAAUCAUUACAAGACUUAAACGUAUUAAAAAUGAGAUUGUAAGUAAAGACAACAAAUUGGUCAUAGAGUUUCUUGUGGAGAAAGUAGAUACAAAGCAUCCAAAGUCUUUUAACUUUCAGUUGCUAAAGGUCCGAUGUUCUCCUGAUACAGAUCCAUUUAUGGAAUUCAUCAAUAGUUUAAAAAAGCAUGUCCCUGGUAUUCCUAGCAAGGAUGCUCAAAAGGAUUUCAUACGUAAAAAGAGUAAUGCUGUCAAGGAAAGAAGAAAAACACUUGAUACUGAAAAGCCUGUUGAACAUGUUCAGUCAACUUGGAAACGGAAAAUGAAUAAUGCUUUAGUGAAAAUAUUGAGACGGCAAAAGAAAAGGAAACUGAUAACACAAGAUAAUAUUCACAUGAAAGCAUAUCAAAAACUCAAAACCAUGUACAUUGGCCCAGUGAAGGAUGAGAGAUACAUGACUGAACACAAGUGGAUGGAGAUUCGUGCCAUAAACUACCACAAUCCAAACACUAAAUAUCAGGAGAAAAUAGACCAACACUUGGAUACUUAUGAGUGGAUUGACUAUGAGAAAUACAAGCAAGUGGACAAUAUCAUUCCUGAAGAUGUAUUUACCAAUGUGUGUAGUCAUUGGGGGGCUUAUGUAGAGAGACGACCACCCACAGCAAGAAAUAGAUCUACUGGACUACCGCUUUAGAUCUCCUUUAAUAUCACUACCUUCCAUCAUUUAGUCCUUAUUAGAAAAUGAUCAUUUUUUUAUUUACAAUUUAUAUAAUUUUAGUAUUUGAAUUUUAGAAUAAUUUAAAGAAAUUUUUGAAGUUCUAACAAUUUUGUUACCAAAAAAAACUGUUAUACAAAUUCAUAAUUAUUACUCAUUUAUAAAAAUUACCAAUUCAUUCUAAACAGAUGUUUAUCUAAUGAAAGCCUUCUAUGUUGCUCAUGGCUUAAUAUGUUAUCGAAACAUUGUUAUUGUAAAAUGGAAAUAUUUUAUUUAGAAUUAUUUUUAGAUGCUUUUCAAUUACUGAGUAGAUUAAAUACUUAAGCUGUUUAAAGUUGAGAACUAUUCACUGCACACUGAGCUGUGAUUACAUUACUGUUGACACAUAUGAGCUCUGCACCAGAUUAAACAUUCCCGUCAGACGUCUGUGACUUUCAUUUGCAUCUGCAGCACAUGAACUGUUGUGUUGAAAUUCUGUGAUACAUAUCUGUUCAAUAUUUAAUUUUAUACUGUCAAUGUGUUUGCACUAUUUUUACUGUUUACAUUUCUGUUUUUGUAUUGUAUUUUUCAAACCUUUAAAAAAGUAUUUAUCUCUGUUUAUGUAUGUAUUUUUUUUUUAUUGACAAGAAUUUAGAUUUUGUACUUCCGUGUGAAGAGAAUAUAGAAAUGUUAUCCCAUUAGCUCCUUCUGCAGUCUGGAACAUUUUCUCGUUUUUGUUCUAAACCCUUGUAGAAGGUUUCUAAAAUUCUCUUUUCAAUAUACUUGCUUUAAACUUUUUAAAUAAAAGAUUUCUUCUAGUCUUGUUGCAUUUGUGAUUACAAAUCAUUGUUGAGAUUACCAAUUCUAUUUUACUGGAAGAUCUUAAUAAUUUUUCAAACCAACAGGCCAAUAGCCCCAGUGUAUAAGCUCCCACCUGGGAAAAUAAGUAUUUUUGAAGCUUUUUUUAUUUUCUAAAGGUAUUAUAAGUAUAUUUUAUUAAACUAGACAUAUCGUUUUAUU